AUGGGACAGCCGUCAUUUCAGGCUUCCAAUGCCGUCAUCUACCUGACAUAUGGCGCUUUUCUAGUGCUCGGCACCGGCAUCGCCUGGCGCCUGCGCAAGCAGACCAAGAACAGCGACCUGCUGGCCGGCAACAGAACGCAGACCGGUACUUCACUCUCUCGGAGACUGCCUCCACGCGCUGCUCUUUUUGCUUCUGCUUUUGUGCUCCACUAG